GAUCGGCAUCGACGGCAAGCUUAACGCGUUCGCUUCUAACUCAGUUUAAGUUCGGUCUGCAACUCUGCAAGUCUGCACGGUGUUAUGUGAAUACUGACGUAUACCCAAUCGACCAAUAACAUAAACAUCCGACAUUAGACUUACGAAAUCAUGAACAAUCGAGAUCGACUCCGAAUCCGGUGCGAGAUUUGAAUUCCCUUUCGUUUCUAUUGUUAUACUACGGGAUCAUAGUAGCAAGAAUGAAUGAAAAAUAUGGGUGUGCGAUGGUUCUUCUUGUUGUGGAUGUUUUUUUGUGUCUGUACUCUCCGAUUUAUAUCUGUGACGGCCCAAACGGGCUACACCAUGUGCGAUAUAGAAGGAUGCAACUGUACAGUUAAGGCGGCUUCUUGGAAAGUUAUUAAUUGCAGUUUACAUGACGGACAGGUAGUAAAUUUGGAAUUCACCAAUAUUCCAGAAACUGCAACAGAAAUUUACAUAUACGGUGGACGAGAGAUAAUUUUCGCAACUAAGACCUUCAAAGCUGUGCCAGGAUUGAAUCUCAUCCAAAUAAAAAACAUCAGACGAAUCGUACUGGAGAAAAAAUCCUUCUAUUUCAUUAACUCUUCUAGUCUACUACUUCAAAUAAAAAACUGUGAUGAACUUAUUAUUAAGACUGGUGCUUUUGAAUACUUGCAGAGUUCUGUCACCAUUGAAAUUUUUGACAUAGAUUACGUUAGUAUCGAACCUGCAGCAUUUAGCAAACUCUAUAACAGCACGUUUAAGAACAUCAAUGCAAUGAAACUCCACGAAAAAGCGUUUGAUUUCAAAAACCAAGGAAACAUUGCAAGACAUGGUCCAGUCACUGUUAUAAUUUUUGACAACGUCUCAAUACCAAGAAUACCUCGCGAAGUUUUCCUAAAAUCAUUGGCAAGCGUAUCGUUUAAGAACUGCAAAAUCGGCCACAUAGAAAAAGAUGCUUUCAAAGCGACUCAAAUAUCUUCGAUCGUUAUGAUCGAUUCUACCAUUGACGACAUCGAGGAGGAAGCCUUUGCAGAAAGAACUCUCAUAUGUGAUUUUAAAAUUAGCAAAUGCAAUAUAUCCAAACUUCAAACAAGAUCCAUUCUUGCUGCUAUUGGAAAUUUUUCUUUAACGCAUUCAAUUGUUACAGAUAUCGAAACCAGUGCCAUUAAUGCUACCAUCGCAAGAAGUGAAUUAGUCAGCAACCAAAUUGUCAACAUCCACCCCUCAGGAUUAGUAUUUAAUAAUUGGAACAUCAUUUUAAUGAACAACAACAUCAUCAAGCAUAUUUUUAAUAAAUUUAUAAUACCUUCUAAAGAAGCAGAAAACGAAUUAUUUUCGUUUAAGAGUAACGAAAUUUAUAGUAUCGAAGAAGGAGCUUUUUUACCAAUUUCGAUGUUAGACCCGAAGAUUUUAACGUACGACGAUAAUUUUUUUAACGUUACUUGCGAUUGUUCAAUCGACUUAUGGUUAGCUAACGUUUCCAAUAGCACUCCAAUGAAAAAAUUGAUGAAAGAUACAAGCUUUUGUACAGUUAGCACUUUAGUGUCCAAAUGUUUUUCAUUGCCUAUAGGAAUUAUGAACAUUCAGAAUUUUACUCAACAAGCUUGUAAAAAUUUUACAAUCUGCGAACCGUAUGAAGGAAAAACUAGAGUAGUAGAUACUACAAGCAGAAUAUUUUUAGAAGAACACGAUUCUUCUAAACAGAGUUGGAUUAUUUUAGUAAUAACAAUAGUAGGAUUAUUAAUAACAGCCAUAAUUGCUACUUUUGUAAUUUUGCUAGUACGCGGAAGUCGAUGGUUAAAAGAAAAAGGUUAUUUCAGAAAUACUCAUUACAACAGCAACGAUCUGAGUAUUGAAGAAGAAGGCACCGUCGUAACUGUAGAUGAAAAUGAAAAAUUAGAAAUGCCAGAAGAACUAACGAUUGAAUUCCUACAAAUUCUCGCACAUAGACUAGAUAACCCUAGCACGCAUCAAGAAGCUUCGGAAAUGAUUGAGAAUCUUUACGAAAUGUUCGUCGUCGAUGAAGGAUACGAAAAUAACAACCGACAAGAAGAAGAAGCGCAUCUUUAUGAAGAACUCGGAAAUUUGAAUUUACAUACACCUCCACCGCCGUACGAAGAAGAAAAGGAUGCUGGUGCUAGAAAUAUACUACGAUUAAUGGAAGAAAAGGUUACUCAGCAAACGGAAGCGAAUGUUAAUGGAACACCAGCGCUAAUUGGGGAAUAUUCGGAACCUACUGACGCAGCAGUACACCUUUAUUCCGAAUUAAAAAAUAAAAGUGAUAAAUCUGAUAAGAAGGAAAAAGAGGAUGCUUCGAAAUCAAAUGAAAAAUCGGAUAAUUCGGAAAAUGAGUGGUUUGAACGUCCAGGUCCAUCUACUGACUUAUGAAUGGGUGGUAAUAUUUUAAAUGUGUGAAUUUUAUAUUGUUUUUAAAUAAUGAACGAAAAUUAAGACACAAUAAUAAACUCAAGAAAAACAGAAUUUAUAGAGGCCAAUUUAAUUUUAAAACAAAAACGGAUGCCAUGAUAAAAGCACGAGACCGUACUUCGAGAGCUUUUUGUGAAUAUAAAAAUUUGCAAAAACCUAGCUAGACUUAGUUUAAUUGGUAAAAAUCGCAACUCAAUGGACAUAUUAUGUCAAGAUUAGGAAAAAAUGUUUUUUAUAGUAACAAACAUUUCCUAGCAGAAAUAGUCUAGUUAACAAGUGCUUGUCAUUCGAUUCGGAAUAGCGUAUGGAUUAUUUAAAAAAAAAUGUAUAAUAAUACAUUGUUUCCAACUAUUAUUACAAUAUGUAAAUAAUCCCAAAACUAUGAAAAUUGUAUUCUACAAUAUUCUUAAAAAUCACAACUUAAAAUAUGAACUUACAACUAAAUAUUCUUAAACUAUUAAAGUACUCAAUAUUAUGGUUAUAGUUUCACAAUUUAACCUAAAACAUACAUGAACAUUCUUAACUAACAUUAUGAAGUAUUAAUCAUUAAAUCUUGCUGGUCUAUGUACAACACGACCAGACUUUGUGGCAUCCCUAUCAUUUAUAUCAACUUGAUCUUUGUCCUUCUCUUUGUCAAGAUUGUCCCUAUCACUUUGUCCCUUAACGUUACAAAUUUGACUGUUGUUACUUCUUUCACUUUUGUCAACAACCUGUUCAUCAUUUACUACAUUUUAUUAUUAGAAUGUUUAAGAAGUGCCUUCAUUUUCACUCUGCACUAUCAUUGACCUGGUGCUUGAUGAGCACCCACUAUUUUACCCUUCUUUCAGAAAUCCUCUUUUCUUAUUUUCAGUAAUACAUUGUCACAUUUUCUAAAAACAGGCCCAUUUUUUGUUGUCUUAUCUAACUUUGUUUCUCAACUUUUUUGUCAUACACAUCAAAUACUUUUGGUUUUAGUAAUUCACUAUCAACAGGUAAUACAGUUCUUAGUAAUCUACUAUUUAAAAUUUCCACAUAAAGGCGUUGUUCUAUAUUCUAGUAGAAAAUGGAACAAUUCAUUAGCAUUUACACACUUUUGUAACAUUUUUUUUUUAUAUUCCCUCGGUCUUUUCAGCUAGACCAUUGCUUUUAGAAUGUUAUGUUUUGUUGGGAAUGGGUUGUUAAUACACUGCGACCUAAAAGAUCUAUUGUGUCCCCUUCUGUCGCCAAUGCACCAAGGAAAUGUCUCAAUGCCUAAAACGACUCUUCCAAUCCUAUUUUCUCAAGGAAGUGUAGGAUUGGAAGUGGCUUCAAGUUAGGUAAAUCUCCCUCUUCUAUUUGAUAUCGUCCUAGAUAUAGUGUCCUUGGAUUCUGGAGUGCUACACAUUCAAUUAGGAUGUGAAUGGAGGUUUUGUCCUCCUCCUCGCAGAAUCUGCACUCACUAUCCUCUACUACUCUCAGUUUACUUAGGUGUCCUUUUAGUCGGCAAUGCCCGGUAAUAAUCCCUGUUACAAUACGUAGCCUGUUCUUGCUCAGGCAGAUGCAGGCUCCCGAUCUUUUCUGGUUAUAUUUACCCAGAAGUAUCUUGGCCUGUCUCAGCCCCAAGAGAUUGUUCCAAUUAUCGGUUCUUCUACUGCCCAAUUAUUUUUUAAUCUCUCCUAAUAUUGUGUUACUGCUGAUACCGCAGAACGGCUCAGGUCCUACAAACGGUGUUCGAGUCCCUUUCCUUGCAAGACUAUCUGCAAUCUCGUUACCCUGUACCCCGUUAUGUCCCGGGACCCAAGUGAGAGCAACUCUAUUUUUCUCGCCUAGCUCAUUCAAUUGUUCUAGGCAUCUCCAGACCAUUUUCGAGCCGAUUACGUAAGAGUUCGGCGCUUUGAUGGCUACUUGACUAUCGGACAUGAUGACAAUCUCUUGUCUAUGAUAGUUUCUCUUGAUGUUAAACUUCUCGAUGGCGUGAAUUUCCACCUGGAAGAUGCUUGGGUAUUUUCCCAAGCUUUCGGAGUGCUUGGUUCUUGGCCCAUACACUCCUAUUCCAGUUUUUUCUAUGUUUUUGGAACCGUCCGUAUACCACUGAAUAGCACGUCUUUCGGUUGCAAGCGCGAUGGAUUCUUGGCUCCAUUCUUUCUUGCAGUCCAGCUCUGUGGUUUUGAAGCUUUUCACAAAACUGUACUUCUUUAGCAUUUCAUCCUGGGGAAUGUCCCAGGUAUCUUUAGUCCUGAAGCAAGUGAAUUUUCGUCUGAUUACUCCGUUCCUGAUCAUGCUAUAUCGUGUCCUUUUUGCCACAUUCUCUGUCAUCAAAUGUAGAGGGGUGAGGUUUAAGAUCACCUCCAUUGCGGCCGUAGGACAGGUUCUCAUUGCACCAGUAAUGCAAACACAGGCUAGUGUUUGUACUUUUGAGAUAUUAGCUCUCGUAGUAGCUAAACUAGUUCUGUUACUCCAGGCUAUAGCCCCAUAAGUGACGAUUAGUCUCACUAUUCAGUAUACAUCCAUCGCAGUAUGUUUGGGUUACAUCCCCAUCGUUGC